AAUUCAGUCAGUCCGUAAUACGAACCGCAUGCAUGCGGCCGCGCUGUGUUUGAUGUUGGCUGUCUGCUCGAGCAGGCAUGAUUUUCUUUCUUUCAGACUUUUCCGUCCACAUUUCUAAAACUUUUUUCGCAUCUCGUUCUUCUUUUGUGACUGGCGCUCGCAAGGGAAAGAAGCCGCGGAGUUGUGACUUUCAUUUUUUUUUCGCCAGAACUACCAGCCUUAGAUUUACUCAGCACAAGAGCCAGAAGAGGAAGAGAAGCGAAGUAUCAUGGCGACGUACCAGAUCCUCGCCUGCCAUGCAGGCGAGCAGUCCAAGGACAGCAUCCUUUCAGUGCUCAAGUCCCGCGUCACGAACACCUGUGACGAGGUAUAAAAUAUGCAUGCUCUGGAUACACAAUCAAUUUUUUUUUUUCCUUACAGCUCCUGUGCAUAAUUUUUACGGUCCUUGAUGCAGGUGUGCAAGAAUUAUGCAGUAUCAAUUGUUUUCUGUAUAUUCAGGUGUGCAAGUUCGACGUUCCGGACACCCUGAAGUUCGGGAGUUUCGACUCCCUGGUGAAGAUGAUGGACGACCUUUCCAAGUACGACAGUCAAGUGGAGGGCAUCCUGCGACGGAUCGAGCGACAAAUGACCGACUUGGAUGCUAACGCGGACUUCAAAGUGUUGUUCCGGCAGAAAACCAUGACGGUGGAGAGCUACGUCCGCAGCUUCCAGUGGGACGACACCAAGUGGCCCAGGAACAGAAAUGUAUAAUCAUAAUCAUGCACAUGCGCUUGACUCUGUUGUAAUCUUUGUGAUGUUCUUCUUGCCGGUUUGGAAUGAAUUUCGAGGAUGAAAAGAUGAAUUAGAAUGAUUUCAUCUACUCCACUUCUCGUGGUAACAUGUUGACCAAGACCAACAUGAUGUAGUGCAUAUCACAAAAUACAACUUUACCCAGGUUUCUGACAACAUGACAUCGCUUAUGAACACAGUGUCGAGGAUUGACGACGACGUAAAAAACAAAGCCUACGCGUACGCAGACGUGAAGUCAGUACUGAGUUCUUUUGUAGUUCAUUUACAACUUAUGAUGCUGGACGUAGUACCUACUAGGCUGUGGUAGUACUUUGAAACUUUAACUUUUUUCACUUUUCUUUGGUUCUUGACCUUGGCGCUCCUCACCAGUUUGAGUUUGAAACCUAAGGAAUAAGAAGUAGAAGUAAAGCAAAUAAAAGUACCUGAUCCACACCACGACUACAACCAGAGCCUCGCUUCCCUGAACAAGUCGAAGGGACCGGGUACCACGCUGAUGAAUGCGGAGCUUACCGAAAUACUGACUCCGGACGUGGUGGCCGCGGACGACUUUAUCGCGAAAGAGCACUUGACCACCGUGCUCGUGAUCGUGCCAAGGGGCGGCGAAAAGGAGUUUCUGGAGUCCUACGAGCGCGUGGAUCCCUUCGUCGUGCCACGAUCAGCGAAGCAGUAUCCUGAGUAAAAACGUACCCACACCAGAGUUGUAAUGCAGAUUUGCAAAGACAGGAAGACGAAGACUUGUAAUGCGCAUCCCCAUGAGAGCCAUUUCCAAUCGUGUUUUGGAAUUUGUGAUGCUGUGAACAGGAUGAGCAGAUGAAUCUGUGACGCGGCUGCACUUGCUAACCUGCACUACACUGCCGAGUGCAACUUGUCAUGCGUGACUCACAAAACUCCUAGGUUUGUGUUGCAAAAUCCCCAUCCUGACUCUGGUGUGGGUACGUUUUUACUCAGGAUAAGCAGUUCCAAAAACUCACGGACGGGAAAUUGCUCCCGAUCGAGGACAAGGUAAUAUGUCAAAAUGGUGCUGAGGAAAUUCAAUCUUUAUCGUGCAUCAACAACAACAUUUACAUUUACAUUCGCAUUCCGGGUGUGCUGGGUGUUGCUGUUGCUACUGCAAUAAUUGCUCCUGCUGCUUUUGGUAAACAAGAAUUCUGCUCUCGUCGUCUAUAGUCCGCAGACCGCAGGGACCUCCCAUCAUGCCCGACGACAAAUGAAACUGAGUACGCCUAUUUUUACUUGAAUGAGAAAGUCGAAGUCUGGCGAAAAUAAAUAAACGACUCGUCUUGCUUGAUUGUCUCUACUACAGGACGGCAACAGUCUUUGGCGUGUGGUUUGCUUCAAGAAGUCCGUCGAGACGGUGCGAAAGGGUCUAUGCAUUGCAAAUAUGUCUGGGUCUGGAAGGUUGUAACUACUUGUAAUGCUAGCUUUCCAUACCUAGGAAAUCUGUGUUGCAUAUCCAACAAAAGUCGCGGCCUCUUCUGUUCAUGCAAAAACGCAGUUUCUCAUGCGGAUUGCCUAUGAGGAAGCGUUCUGGAAAGUUGUCAUGCUGGGUUGCAUUCGGGACUGUUUCUAUCAUCCACAUUUUAGCAUCACAAGUUUCCAGACCCAGACAUUUUUACAUUUGAUAGGGUCUGAAGGAGUGCAAGUGCUCCAUCCGGGAAUUCAGUUACAGUGUCGACGCCUACAAGGAAUUUGUGUUGAACGCAGAAACCUUGCAGUUUGAGUUCACCAAGAACGAGAUGGGGCUCAAGAGACACUGCGCAGCCGCCUUCUCCGAUACGUUGGUAGCGUGGAUGCAUUUGAAGGUACUUGUUGUCCCCCCGUUGAUGUGUUGAUUCGAUAGGGAUAGUGUGGUCAGUGUCACAGUCAUCAUCAUGUCAUAAGAACCAUGCUCGUCAUCCUCAUGACGUAUUUUCAUGGUAGAUUCUAUCACACACUUCAUCUUCACGAGCAAUGGAAAAAUUGAAAAAGAAAAACACGAACCAGAUCCGAUUUUAUGUAAAAUCGUGAAAGUAUCUUCAACGAUAUCAUACUCAUCAAAGGCUAUGCGUGUGUUUGUCGAAGCUAUUCUGCGGUAUGGUGUGCCGCCAAACUUCGCGAGCUUCAUCGUCCGACCGACAUCCGCAAAGAACAUUACCAAGCUGAGGACCGUCUUAAACGAUGUGUUUUCUGCAAGCGGACUGUUCGGCCAGAACUACCUGGGUGGGAGUGGUAGGAUUUGAGAACUACGAUGCUUUUUUGACAUGACACUGUUGUAUUAAGUACUGAUAUGUUUUCUCCAUCAAGUAUUAAUAGUAUGCGUUCGCAUAUCUCUGCCGAGUCAUGUCUUUCUUGUCGACACGAAAACGAGGUUCCCCAAAGAACCUAAAAAAAAUUUCUAUCCUCAGGUGCCACCGCCGAGGGUGCGGAAGAGGAUAUCAAAUGUAAAAAUGUCUGGGUCUGGAAGAAUGCAACUUGUGAUGCUGCAUGUGGAUUCCAGAAAAAUCUGUAUUGCAUGAGUACCAAAAGGAAUGCAAUUUUUGCUACGUGGAGAGGGCAUUUGUCAUGCGGAAUAGGCAUCAAGAAGCUCUAAAAAAAUCUGUGAUGCUAGGGCAUGCAUCACUGACAUCAGGGCUCAUGCAAAACGUGCAUGGCAAUUGUUAGAAUCUUCCAGACCCAGACAUUUUUACAGUUGAUAGAGGAGGCGUAUUACCCAUAUGUCAGCCUAAGCUUCUCCCCUCUCUCCGUGAAGGAGGUAUAAUUCGCGGAGCCAAAGAACACCGAAGCCAGAACAUCAAGUCUGCGUCUGGUAAAGAAAACAACACCAUUACCAUCGUUCCCAUAUGUUUUCUUGAAGUUGAGUGAUAAUUAUAGCGAAUUAGUAGAUUGAAUUUGAAUUUGUUCUUCGAAAUUAAUACUUGAGCUCUAUAGAAGCACCAGCACGACCAUAGGUCCAAUAUGAAUACUCAAAAUUCAUCGUAAACACGCAUCGGGGCAAGAGCGUCUUCUUGAAGCCAUGUCUCUUUACUUUGUUCGGCCGAUCAAAUUUCUUUGCAAUUGAGAAAAUCGGGUUGUAACAAACUCGAUGCGUGAAAACAAGCUCUGGUGCCCCGUAAGUACUACUUUUUGAAGCUGUUGAUACUGAUAGGUACAAACAAGCUGCGCACGAUAAAAGGCUUGUCCACAACAUGCAACAGCACAAGAAAUACAGGUGGACUCUUCAAAAAGUAGAAGGAACUACUAUCAAAACCACACUAUCACACGCGAUGGCUUCCAACUGAAGUAGAAGUAUUACUAGACUGCACGACUUUGCGUCACGGUGGCUCGUUCUUCGAGCGAAGGACCGCCACUUCUACUAUUAUGCAACAUAGACUUAGACAUCAUUCAAAGAUGAACUACCGCUAUACUUCUCAUCAACAAAAGAUCAAGAGAUGAAACGCGUACUACACACGCACCGCAAGUAACUGUUGAGCAGUUGGGGCAAAGUCGCUGUGAUUUGGAGUUUUUGCCAUGGUAGGUCUGAAUAAACUUGCGGCGAUCUUGAAGGUGGACGAACAGAGUCAGAGACAGUACCUAGCAGCAUAGGAAGUACAAACUGGUGCGCCGUCUCACGCUUUAGCUUUUCAUGAACUUCUUGAAGGCACUGUAAGAGUAGGCACUAGACUACUGCUGUUCACUUUCUUUUGCUGGCAACUGUUGUAUUCUUGCGCACGGUAUUUUUAAUAUUGAGCAGUUCUAAUAAUUUUAAUUUCUGCGGUUUUUUCACGACGAAAAGGAUCACGAAAAAUUUGUUGUAUGAAUAUGAGAACUGCCCACACGACGUCGUCCGUUGUAUCCAUACGUACAUCACGGCCGCAAGAAGAUCUCGCUAGUAGUUUUGGUUACUACAGCCCGCAAGGGGA